AUGAUCAACAUUCAAUAUAGUACAGUUGCCGAUGCUGUUUAUGUCUCUUAUGUUGCUGAAGCAAACUCCGCCGGUGUUGACAUUGAGCAAUUUCCUGCUCUAAACUCAUGGUACAACAGAAUGCUUCGCCGUCCAGCUGUUGCAAGAGGACUUAGCAUGCGACAACAACACGGAUUACUCGAUGAAAACAUGAACAACUAA